AUGCCCGAAUAUGGAAGUGUCGUUUUAACAUUAGGUAAUGUUAUAUUACCAUUAGAUAAACUUUAUCCAAGUCCAACACCUUCAAUGAAUGAAGGUUUACCUUAUGAUGUUGAAUAUGAUUUAAGAUUAAUUGGUUGUGAACUUAUACAAACAGCAUGUUUAUUAUUAAGAUUACCACAAACAGCCGUAGCUACAGGUCAAGUAUUAUUUCAUCGAUAUUUUUAUUCAUCAUCAUUUAUUCGUCGUCCAAUGGAAAUAUUUGCAAUGGCAUGUACAAAUCUUGCAGCUAAAAUAGAAGAAAAUGCACGACGAAUACGUGAUGUUAUUAAUGUAUUUCAUCAUAUAAAACAAAUUCGAUCGGGAAAAACUAUUCGUCCAUUAUUAAUUGAUCAAAUAUAUAUUGAUCGUAAAAAUGAAGUUAUUAAAGCUGAAAGACGUUUACUUAAAGAACUUGGAUUUUGUGUUUAUGUUAAACAUCCACAUAAAAUGAUAACAGUGUAUUUAAAAGUCCUAGAAAAAGAACGUGAAAAAAAUCUUGUACAAACAGCUUGGAAUUAUAUGAAUGAUAGUUUACGUACAGAUAUUUUUCUACGUUUUACUCCUGAAACAAUAGCUUGUGCAUGUAUUGAUUUAGCAGCACGUACUCUUCAAAUUUCAUUACCAAAAAAUCCUCCAUGGUUUAUUAUAUUUGGUGCAAAAUUAGAUGAAAUUAAUUAUAUAAUGAUAGCUAUACUUCGUUUAUAUAAACAUCGACCAAAAUCACUUGAUGAACUUGAAAAAAUUGUUAAUACAAUUCGUGAAAAACGAGAAGAUGAUAGAAAAAAAUUACGACUUGAUAUAAAUCAACAAACAGAAUUAGGUAAUGAUUCACCAUUACAACAACAACAACAACAACCUGUUCAAAAUUCAAUAUCAUCAAUAAUAAUAAAUACAACAACAAAUGUUAUACAACAAAAUAUUCCGACUGUAAUUACAACAACAGAAGAAAUAAUAAAUGAAAAAAUUAUUAAAAAACAAGAUAGAAGAAAUUCAAAAGAAUCAUUAACAGUGAAUAUACAUCGUCAUUCUAAAAGAAAACAAAAUAGUACAAGAAGCAGAUCUUCAUCUCAAUCAUCUUCACAUUCAUCAAUUCAUCGUUUACAAAAGAAAAAAAAAAUUUCUCGUCGAAGUCGUUCAAAAUCUCGUUCAUCAACACCUAAAAAACGAAAACAUCAAAAAGAUAAACGACAUCAUAGUCGUUCAUCAAAUCAUCGAAAACGAGAUAAAAAACGACGAUCACAUUCAUCAUCAUCAUCAACUGAACAAAAGUAA